CACGAUGAUGAGUGGCGGUGUUGUGGGUGGUGGAAGCAUGCAGAACAGCAGCACCACAGGUGGCGGCGGCAUUGGCUCCGCCACAGGUGCUGGCAGUGGUGGUGGUGUUGCUGUCACGACUGCAAUGGCUGCCACGGCUGAAACGACGACACCCUUGAUGGCAGCGCUCAUGGCACAGGCUGGUUUGGAAAGUAGCAGUGGCAUCGCAUCCCCCGAUCCCUGGAGAACCUGCAGCGCAGAGGAAGCACGGCAAAGGGAUGAGCAUGGUGCAACGGCGUUGCACUGGGCCAUCUGGUUCAGUAACGUCGAAGCCUUUGAGUGUUUGCUGAAAGUAGCGCCGGACGUGGCACGCGCAGUCACAAAGGAGGGGCACACCCCGCUCAUGUGGGCCUGCGUUCGUGGGGAAACAGCAUACACGCUGCACUUCCUGCGGGCCCUCACUGCAGUGUAUCCUGAAGGCGUCCAUGAUACCGACACCAACGGUCUCACCACGCUCAUCCUUGCCAUUCAGGGCGUGAACAAGUUGGCUGCGUUGUUCCUGCUGUAUCGUGGGGUGGAUCCCAACGCAGCAGACAAGAGCGGGGCUGGCCCGUUGGCGUGGGCCGCUUUUCUCGGCGACGCCGACUUUCUCUUCCUCCUCGCCGGAUCCGGCGCAGAUGUGAACAACACAGACAGCAAAGGCAUGACGCCUCUACACAGGGCUGCACAGCGGGGCCAGCACAAGUUUGUCGCCUGCCUGCUGGAUUGGCCGUUCAACAAAUACGGCGUGAAGCGUCACGUCCUCAACGCAGACAACCUCUCCCCGCUCGACAUUGCAAAGGAGAUGCACCACGAGGAUGUUGUGAGGAAGAUCAAGUCUGCAGCCCGUGCGCCCUCUGCCCUCAAUCCCCGCGCAUAUCCCAAGCGCUUUCCCCGCUUCUACAUCACUGCCGUUGCACUCUGUGCUGGCCUUUGGCUUGCAUACCUCCUCCCCGUCACUUGGGAAUCGCUCACGCCGUCGUACCACUACUUUGCUGCGUUCCUCCUCGUCACCUGGCUCGCUAACUGGCUCUACAUGAUCAAGAUUGAUCCUGGCACGGCAACAACGCAUGCAGCGCAGCACCGACUGCGCAAAGCCGUGCUGGAGAAGGGGGCGCACCUCGACUCUGGCGACAUCUGCUACACAUGCAAGAUCAUCAAGCCGCUGCGCUCCAAGCACGAUGCUGUGACCAACGCGUGCUUCUAUCGCUUCGACCACUUUUGCGGGUGGAUUGGGGGCGUGGUAGCAGAGGACAACUAUCCAAACUUUGUGCUCCACGUCUACAUCGAACUCCUGGGCCACCUCCUCUUCCUCCACAUGUGCAUCCAGGCCCAGCGUCAAGAAUCAGCACUGCAAUCGCCGCUCCUCGUCCUCCUCUUCCUCGCGUCUCUCGCCGUCAACACAUUUGGGCUGGUGUUUGCUGGCAUUUUGGUGUACGAGCAUACGAAGAUGGUGACAACAAACAUGACGACAAACGAGUACAUCAACCGCAGCAAAUACGACCACUUUGUCAAGCAGACACGCAAGGGCGCCCAGUUUGUGAAUCCCUUUAACAAGGGCGUGUGGCACAACUUGAAGGUGAUGCUGACGCGAGCGCCUCGCCGCCGCGUGUACCACAAGGACGGAUCAAUCACACUUGCGCAGUGACGCUGGUGGCGGUGACCUGUGCGUUGACGACAUGUGUUGUGGUGUGUGUGUGUGUGGGGUGUUGUUGAUAGGGGAGAGGAUAGCGUGGUGCGUGGGCGCAUGCUGUACACGUUUUAGUGCAUGCGUUUGUUGUCAGUGUGAGCGCGUGUGAAUCAUGUACAUAAUAUGUUCCUAGAACAGCAGCGAGAUGACGUGACGUGUGUGUUUGUUGGUUUAUGCGCGUUUACAUACCAGACCGUGCGUGUGCGGGCAUGUGUUAAGCGGAUGCUCGUAAGCGUUAAGAACAGCAAUACACCCAAAAACAAAC